CUGGAACUGAUUUUGGACUUUGCCCUCAUGAUAAAUCGAACAUGGUGAGCAGUGCCGAGUGUCAGGCGGCUAAGGGUGGGCAUCAUGGUGUCAAGCAGGUGGUGCUUGAAAACUUCAAAUCAUAUGAAGGGCAAGUCUCUGUGGGUCCCUUCAAGAAGUUCACCUGUGUGGUGGGCCCCAAUGGCGCCGGGAAGUCCAACUUGAUGGACGCCGUGAGCUUCGUGCUGGGCGUCCGGACACGGCACCUGCGCAGUGACCGGCUCCAGGAGCUGGUCCAUCGCAAGGAGCAAGAACCCCUCAGUGCUGUGGCCGGACGCCGAUGUUCAGUUGAGCUUGUCUAUGUUGAUGAGUCCGGAGACCAGCCUAAAGAGAAAACCUUCCGAAGGGUCAUCCAGCCGGCUGCUGAGGCACGCUUCCAGAUCAACGGAGAGGCAGUCUCACAGGAGUUCUACCUGAGUAGCCUGGAGGAGAUCAACAUCCUGUCAAAGGCCAGGAACUUCUUAGUCUUCCAAGGUGACGUGGAGGCCGCGGCCCAGCGCCAGGGCAAAGAACUCACUGGCUUCCUAGAGCAGGUCUCUGGCUCCAUCGCCAUGCGAGCCGAGUACGAGAAGCUGGCUUCCGAGAAGGCCAGUAAAGAGGAUGUGGCUCGUGAUCUCUACACCAGGAAGAGAAAUGCCCAAAAUGAGAAGAAGAGGAUGUCGCAACAGAAGGAAGAGGCAGAGAGGUAUCGUUCCAUUGAGUUGGAAAGGCGGAAGCUGCAGGCGGAGUUUGUGCUAUUCAGGGCCUGCUGUGCUGACACCAAGGGCGAGGAGAUUGCAGCAAGCAUUCAAGAUUUGAGGUCGGAGGUUGAUGAGGCUCAGGCAGAUCGAAAGGAGGCAGAUCGUCAGGUGGAGGAGGCUGAAAAAGAGCGUGCGCAGGUGCAGUUGGCUGUCAGUGAAGUUGAGAAGCGUCUACACAGCGCCAAAAGUCACUCGCACCAGCUGAGUCCUGAAGAAGUUCAGGCUCGCAGUGAGCUUCAAGCAGUGGAAAAGCGACAGCAGGAAACCGUGCGCCAGCAAGAGUUGGAUAAGGAGCGCCAGAAGCGCCUCCAGAUACAGGCAGCAGAGCUGAACGAGCGCGUUCGGCAAGUGGAGACCGAGCUUGAAACACUGAGAAGCGAAAGGCGUGAGAUGCCCUUGACGGAGGAGCAGUGGCGCCAGUUUCGACAUGCCCAGGAGGAGGCUGAGCGCUUGACCAGCGUUCAGAGCCAGGAGGCCAAGGACCUCGAGCAGCGCAUCAAGGCGCAUCAGAAGCAGAAAGCCAUGGCUGACAUGGACCGCCGCGAGGCUGACUUGCGCCUUCGGCGAUUGAAGCAGAAGGUCGAAGCCCUGACAUCUGCCCUGAACGUCAAGCAACAAGCGCGGGAGAGUCAGCAGAAGGAGCUAGAGCGGGUGACCAAGGAGUUGGAGGGUAUGGCGGAAGGGCAAAAAUCCCGAGGCAGUGCGCGAAAGAAGCUGGAGGAUGAACGCCAGGAAAUCAUGGAGGAAAUCCAGAACAUCACUGCCACUGAACAGCAGAUCGAAAAGGAACGCAGGUUGACGGAAGUUUGCCAAGAUUUGGCCCAAGUGGUUCCUGGUGUCUCCGGACGCGUGGUCAACCUAUGUCAGCACGUCCAAAAGAAAUACCGAGUGGCGGUGAAUGUCGCGCUUGGUGGUCACAUGGAUGCGGUGGUCACAGACACCAUCCAGCAUGCUAGGCAGUGUGUGCAGCACCUGAAGGAGCGGAUGUUGUCUCCAUUGACCUUCCUACCUUUGGAUAACCUGAGGGCAUCAAUGGAUGUCCGACUCCAAGAGGCACUCCGUGGUCAAGUGGCCAUCCGACCAGCCUUGAGCUGUGUCUCCUUCGAGCCACGCCUGAACCGUGCCUUCGAGUUCAUGCUGUCGGACGUGGUGAUUGCAGACUCGUUGGAUGCCGGCCGGCGAUUUGUUUUUGAAAAGCUCAAAGAUCUGGGCAUCAAAUGCAGGGUGGUCACCUUGAACGGUGAGACCAUCUCCAGGGAUGGCAAUCUGGCUGUGUGGGCACCAAAGGAGAUCCAGGGGUGGACCAAAGCAUGCAUGAAUUUCGGUUUUCUUCGCGCGCGCGCCAAGGAGAUCCAGGGCCUCAAACAUGCACUCACCUGGUGGUGAGGGAGUUGGAUGGAACAUUGAGAUUUGGACGGGAACACUCCAUCUUCUCGAACUCGACCCUCGGCCACGACCCCGCCCCUGUCUACCCUGCACCCCUCCUCCCGCCGUUGGCUGCGUGCGGCGUAGGUCAGCUCCGACGCGGCCAAGAA